CCCGGUGCAACGCACGGGCAUAUUCCGUCGCUGACGUUUUUGCAGAAAAGUCCUUCUGUUCUUUUGAAAUCAACCCGCAGUCCUAUAAUAAGUGGAAAAAAUGUUUCGGGUCGUGGCGCGGAUCUCGGCGGGGAACGGCUGCAGAGGUUGCAGCUCUGGCCGAGCUAGGCCAUAGGGAGGGCGGCGGGCGGCGGCACACGGAUCUCGGUGGGGAACGGCUGCAGAGGUUGUAGCUCUGGCCGAGCUAUGCCAUGGGGAGGGCGGCGGCUCGCGGAUCUCGGCGGGAGACGGCUGGGCGCGGGGGCUUCGGCCCUCGGGGCUUCGAUCUGAUUACAAAAGAUGGGCGUUGACGAGGAGAUCUUCGUCGUGGACCUCAAGAAGGGCGCCGUCUUCACAGGUUGUCCCUACUAUCUAUACAGAUAUCAGGGGGCGAAAGAUUCACUCAAAUCAGUUUCUGUGACGGAGCACUUUAGAGAAGCAAUUGGCCUUCCAAGGCCCCCGCCCGGUGUAUAUUUCUUCUACGAAUUUUCGCCAAUUCAGGUUGAUUUUACUGAAGAAAACACAUCACUUCUUCACUUCUUGACAAACAUAUGUGUGAUUCUUGGAGGAAUAUUCACCGUGGCUGGCAUCAUAGAUUCAUUUGUGUACCAUGGUCAUCGUGCAAUCAAGAAGAAGAUGGAGACCGGAAAGCUCGGAUAGGGUAAUUCCAAGUGGAGCAGCAUGUAGCCAGCUAGCCAGUAGGACGGUAGCCAAGAACUGAGCUGCCCUGGAAAGGCGAGCAGAGAGCUCAGGAGGAAUUUUGGUCAAGAAUACUAUAUUAUUGUAAUGCAGUUCCUACUCACUCGACUUUUGCUGGUAAUUAUUUGAUCCCAGACGUGCCAAUCAUAGAGGUUUAUUCUUUCUUACUCUCUUGUGUAAGCAACUGGAUCGCAGUGUUUGUCUUAUAGAAGUUCAAAGUCUUGUGUAACAAUACUACAUACACAAAACCCUCAGCUCAAACGGUUGCUGAAAACUCCAUUUUGAUCAA